AUGAACUGGACCAACAAAACGAGUCCUCACUGUAAUCUGGGGGCAUGCGGAGUUGGACGUUGGAAGCUUGUAAUGAAGAUUGACGGCUCAAAGGGAACCUUUCACUAUAAUUCAGGCCUUUGGAGCAGCAACGAGACAUUUAACGUUGCAGGAGGACAGAUUGUAUUUGAUACCCAAGAGACCAAAUUGACGACUUACUGGGACACACCCUUCACAAAGAUUUGUCUCGGAAUGAGGAUCCAUGACGAGGAAAAUAUCAAUUUUCUCGUUAUAAACCAGGUAGCUGACUCUUUGUAUUCUCUGAUCGCUGACGGACAAUAUCGCCCCACCUCACUGGGUCGUAAUACGUGGAAGAAAAUCAUUGGUUCCCGAGCCUCCUUACAGCUCAACUGCAACAUGGAGGGUUUCAAUGCUGUUUGUUCUCGGGUAUCUAACACCAAAGCAAGAAUUGGUUUUGUUGGAAACAAUGAAGAUGACUGCAAGAGGUGUGAUUCCAGAAUUGGGUUUGGCACAGGAGGCAGUCCUGAUGACUCCAAUACGUGUGGAAACGUAGCAAAAUACUCACCAGAUAAUGGAGUCAAGUUCAUUGAAGCGAUGGGUUACAUUUUUAUCCUCUAA